UCGAGGGUUGCUUGUGUACUUACCAUUUCGAGGUGUGUUGGAGCAUUUGUAUGUACAGACGAUACGCCAAAGGGAAGGAUUGUUAAAGCAUUCAAGGUUAGGUGAUACUGUAUCACGGAUUCGAGUACAUAUCCUACCUACGAGACGGUUUUGCCUUUACUUGGCGUUCUUCGAAAAGGACUUGAAACGUUGAACUAUCUCGAUUUCGACUGGUGCGAUCGACCUUAUAUUAGGCCAGCUGUUAAACGAUCCAACAAUGAGGUCGUUUGCUUUUUUCGCAAUCUCAAUACUUGUUGCCAUGGCUUCAGGGUAUGACGAGCCAUUCCAGCCAUUCCAGAACCCGGGAGAGAUAUUUCCUGGUUUGACCAUCAAAUUCAUGAUCAACGCUGCUGGUGGUAUCUUGCAGCAGGAUCGUGUCAUUGAUUCGAUGGCCUAUGCUUGCAGAGGUGUCCUACCGGUAGUCGGUUCGGCGGUACCGGAAGUGGACCAGUCAAGUCUGUAUUGGGGUUUCGUCUGUGAUAAAGUCAUCGAAGCGUCUGAAGAUCUGGAUGCCUUUGACGCAACGGGAUUCUGUAAUGACAUAAUUACUGUGGUCAAUGGCAUUAUAUCUCAGGACAGUGGCGGAAGAUAUCGCAGACAAGCAGAAAAUAUGGAUGAUCCGCUGGGUAUCAUUGAAAUCCUGACCAAAAUCACCAAAGACCUCUAUGGAAUCGACAUCAACAUGAUCAUCGAUGACCUAUCUACAAUCAACACCAUCUGCACCAACGUCAAGGAGAAUUUCUUGAGGCCAUCUCUUCAAGAUCUCCUCUCUGAGCUCGGGGAGGAACUGAUGAGUGCCCUUCUACCCCAGGCAGCCCCGAUCUGUCAAGACUGGCAAGGCUUCCUUGCAGAUGAAGGCAUCGAUUCCUCGUCGCCUUACUACAACAUUAUCCAAGAGGGCGCUCGUAUCGGAUCUCAGGCGGUCGGAUAUGACGACAGAGAGGAUCUUUGCCGAAAUCUUGAGCAAGCACUAUCGGUGAAAGGAGAUAACAACGCCGCAAGGAAAACGUUCUCCAUGGACAUCAUCUCCGAAAUCUUCGCUACCGUGGAGGAGGCUGACAAAUGUACUCCAUUGGCUAAUGACGUCAUUCACCAGGUCAUCGAGCCCCUCAUACGUAUGGACAUACACGCCUUUGUGAUUUCGGAGGAUGAGAUUUUUGCUUAUACCGGUAUUGAUGGUGGAGUGGCAGCUGUCUGCACAGCAAUGGAGAACGCUGUCUCGUAUGAAAUAGACCUCCCAGACCCUGUUCCAGUUCACCUCAUCUAUGGGACCACAUUGACCGUUGAGUUCUUCCUGAGUGCUGCUGGUGGCAUCUGGCAACAAGACCGACUCAUCGACUCCCUUGCCUUUGUAUGCACAGACGUCUUACCUGAGCUCGAAUCGAUGGUACCCGAGUUUAAGUCUUAUGUUCAAGAUUCCUGGGAUUAUAAGCCAGUCUGCGGAAGGAUCCGCGAAGCAACGUAA